AUGUCUUUGCCAGUCCAAAUGGCCAUGAAGCAAACGGCGCUCAAUGCGCCUUCGCUUCCGCUCCAACAGCAGAUGCACAUGAUGCCCCAUCCGGCGCAAGCACAGGCCAUGGCGCAAGCACAGGCGCAGAACCAGCUCUCGUCGCAAAUGUCCGGCCAGAUCUCCAACCAAAUGUCCACGCAGAUGCCCAGCCAGAUGCCCAACCAGAUGCCCAGCCAGCUUGCGUCCGAGCGGCUGUCUGUGUUGUUUGAAACCACCGCCGCCACGUGGUUGGCCAUUGGCUCUUUGGCCGAGUCGCUCGGCGACUUGGAAAAGGCCAUUCUGCUGUACGACGCGGCGUUGCGCCACAACGCCAACAACCCAGACGCCUUGACGCGCUUGGCCAACAUCUACCGGUCGCGAGACCACUUUUUGAAAGCGGCAGAGCUCUAUGAGCAGGCCUUGACGUUCAACCCGGAAAACGGCGACACCUGGGGGCUCUUGGGCCACUGCUACUUGAUGAUGGACGACUUGCAAAGGGCUUACGCCGCAUACCAGCGGGCGCUCUACUACUUGGACAACCCGAACGUGCCCAAGUUGUGGCACGGCAUUGGCAUUCUCUACGACAGAUACGGCUCCUUGGAGUACGCCGAAGAGGCGUUUGUGCGUGUGUUGGACUUGGACCCGCACUUUGACAAGUCCAACGAGAUCCACUUCCGUCUCGGAAUCAUCUACAAGCACCAGGGCAAGCUUGCGAGCGCGUUGGAGUGCUUCCAGUACAUCUUGCCCAACCCACCGCAUCCGCUCACCCAGCCCGACGUGUGGUUCCAGAUUGGUCUGGUGCUUGAGCAACAAAAGAACUGGACGGGCGCCAAGGAGGCGUACGAGAAGGUUCUUGAGGUGAAUCCCAACCACGCCAAGGUCUUGCAGCAGUUGGGCUGCUUGUACUCGCAGGCAGAGCCGGGCAACCAGAGCGUCGUCCAGAACCAGAACAACCAGAGCCAAAACAGCCAGAACCAAAACAGCCAGGCCCAGAACGGCAACGCCAGUGCUCCGUUCCAGCAGGACUUGGCCAUGGCGUUGAAGUAUCUCUCGCAGUCCAUCGAAAUCGACCCGCUGGACGCCCACCUGUGGUAUUAUCUCGGCCGUGUGCACAUGAUCCGAGGCGACUUCAAUGCGGCCUACGAAGCGUUCCAGCAGGCUGUCAACCGUGACCUGCGCAACCCAACCUUCUGGUGUUCCAUCGGUGUGCUCUACUACCAGAUCUCGCAGUACCGUGACGCUCUCGACGCAUACACGCGGGCUAUCCGCCUCAAUCCGUACAUCAGUGAAGUCUGGUACGACUUGGGUACCUUGUACGAAACGUGCAACAAUCAAAUCUCCGAUGCCCUCGACGCCUAUCGCCAGGCCGAGCGCUUGGACCCUGGCAACCCGCACAUCAAGGCGCGUUUGGACCAGCUAGUCAAGUACCAGCAGGACGGCAACACGCAUCCGCCCCAGCCGCCGCCAGUGAGCCAGCAGCCCAGAUUGCCGCAGGGAAUGGUGUUGGAGAGCACGCAGCCGCAGCCGCAGCCGCAACAACCGCCGCUCAACGCCAUGCCGCCCCAGCUCCAGCAGAGUUAUGCGCCGCAACCAAACCAGGGCCACCCAAACCAGGGCCAGCCAAACCAGGGCCAGCCAAACCAGGGCCAGCCAAACCAGGGCCAGCUCCAGCCUCAGGCGGCUCAGGCUCCAGCGGCAGCCCCACAGCCUCCGGCCGCAACUCAGGCUGUUCCCUCUCAGCCUCUUCAGCCUCUUCAGCCUCCGGCCCAAGCUGCUCCAGCUCCGGCGCAACAUGCUGCGCAAACGGCUCCAGUUCAGUCUGCCUCGCACACGCCUCAGGCCCAAGGCAGCCAUACGAACUCUCCAAGCGUUCCUUCCAACCUGACGGCGCUCCCGUCUCAGAACACGCCUUACUCGCGAGAAACGCCCGAGCUCAAACGUGAAUUAGACGAGAAACAGGAACCACCAGCCAAGAAACCUACGGUGGAGAAAAGUGCCAGCGUUCCUGCCCCUGCCGAGGCGGCGUCAACAACCACACCAGCUGCUGCACCAGCCCCACCAGCUUCGGCUCCUGCCGAGGCGGCGUCUUCCACUCCUGCCGCUCGGUCUGUGACUCCCAGUGUGAAGCCGCAAGAACCUGUCACCAACGGCAAGGACGACGAAGAAGAGGAGGAAGAGAAAGUGGAGCCUGUGGAACCGCCAUUGCGCAAAGUCGACGAGGACGAGAACUACGACGAGGAGUAG